AUGAAUAGACCUAACAUAUGCAUAACCAUCCAAGAUAUUCAGAGAUUUAUUGGAAUUCUAUUAUUUACUGGAUAUCAUUCUCUCCCACAAGAAAGAAUGUACUGGUCUAAUGAUAGCGAUAUUUCUAUUCCAAUAAUCCGGGAUAAAAUGACCCAAUUACAAUUUCGAAAUUUGAAAUAUAAUAUCCAUUUGGCAGACAAUACUAAAAUAGAUAUACAUGAUAGAUUUUAUAAAGUUAGGCCUUAUAUUAAUAUAUUGAAUAAUAAAUUUCAGCAAUUUGGAAUUUUCAAACAUCAUUUAUCAAUAGAUGAACAGAUGAUACCAUAUCGAGGAAGACAUUCUUGCAAAAUGUUCAUAAAAGGAAAACCAAUUAGAUUUGGAUACAAGUCUUGGAUAUUGGCUUCUUCCGACGGUUACGUAUUCUCAUUUGAUAUAUAUCAAGGAAAAAGCGAAAAUAAAUAUGAAUAUGGAUUAGGUGGAAAUGUAAUCAUAAAAUUAUUAAAGGCAUUGCAAAAACCAAAUUAUCAUAAAAUAUAUUUUGAUAAUUUCUUUACAUCAUUUAAACUCUUGUCAUACUUAAAACAAAUGGGAUAUUUUGCAACUGGAACUGUGAGGGACAAUAGAAUAGAGCAUUGCCCAGUUGAAUCUAUAAAGGUUGUAGCAAAAAAGAUAGAGGAUAUUAUGAUUAUAGGUUUGAAAAAUUAA